AUGUGUGGGGGGGCUGAGACGGUGAGAGUGGGGGUUGUGCUGACUGCAAGCCCAGAAGAUGCAGACGGUGGAGCUUUUGCUGUUGAAGGAUGUGAAAUUAACUACAAACCUGCAGCAAAUGAGGAGCCAAAGUCCUUCACAUUCGAUCAGGUUGUAACAGCUGACACUACGGAGAGUCUUCACUCUGAGCUCCUGCAGCCUGUGACCGAGCUCAUAUCGAGCGGCUAUAACGUAGUGCUGCUGAUGUGUGGAGCGCCCACAGAGACGGUCGGAGCCCUGAUGGACAAAGGUGUCAUUGGUCAGGUCUUGACAAAUGUGUUUAGUUGCGCGGCCAGACAACAAAGGGCAGAGUCCUUCCUCUCUGUGUCGUUUCUCCAGUUUUACCCAGACGGGAGUGCAGUGGAUGUCGUCAGCCUCAACAAAGACACUUUACAGCUUGGAGCACAUCCCGUCCUCGGGAGCAUCAUCAAGAGGGCAAGGCCCUGCCUGAAAGACGAGAAAUGA